GGCAUAAAGCACAUUGAUCAUUUUGGUUUUAUAUGUCGGGAAUCCACCGAACCUGGAAUAAACCAGUAUGCUUGCUAUGUCUUCCAGUGUGCGAGCGAAUCUCUGGUGGAUGAGAUCAUGCUGACUCUGAAGCAAGCCUUUAGCACAGCAGCUGCCCUGCAGAAUGCCAAGACCCAGAUCAAACUGUGCGAGGCCUGCCCGAUGCACUCCCUCCACAAGCUGUGUGAAAGGAUCGAAGGACUUUAUCCGCCAAGAGCCAAGCUUGUAAUUCAGAGGCACCUGUCCUCUCUCAGUGACAACGAGCAGGCGGACAUCUUUGAGCGUGUUCAGAAAAUGAAGCCGGUUAGUGACCAGGAAGAAAACGAGCUGCUGAUUUUCCACCUGCGGCAGUUGUGCGAGGCGAAGCAAAAGACCCACAUCCACAUUGACGAGACCCCCAUGAACGCGUCUAAUAACACAAUCCCCGAAAACACCACCAGUAGUGGAAGAUUCACCCUGGAUAUCCUGAAGAACAAAGCCAAGAAAUCCUUAACCAGCUCACUCGAAAACAUCUUCUCCAGGGGAGCCAGCCGCAUGCGUGGUCGUCUGGGGAGCACGGAGAGCUUUGAAAGGUGCAACCACCUGACUUUCGACAAAGACUGCUCCUCUGGGGACUCCCCACCUUCCACACCUCCGGCGUCUCCCGUUGCCUUGGCUGGACACCCGUUUCCCGAAGAGGACUCCGAUUCUCCUCAGUUUAGGAGACGCGCACAUACUUUCAGCCACCCGCCCUCCGCCUCCAAGAAGAGGAUCACUUUCCAGAAUGGAAGGUCUCAAAGUGUCCGGUCGCCCCUCCUGAGGCAAAACUCAGCCGAACAGAGCAGCGAUGUGGAGAAAAGGAAGAGGACUUCCUCCGUGUGCAAUGACUCUCUAAAUGCUGGUGGUAUCACCCUGCCCCCCCGUCGGAUCUCCUGGCGGCAGAGGAUCUUCCUAAGGGUGGCAUCCCCCAUGAAGAAGUCUCCUUCAGCCAUGCAGCUUGAAGAUGGCUGUGAUGAAAAAGAACUGCUGCCGUUAUCUCCGCUUCCACCGUCCUUUGACGAAGUGCCCCUGGUUUCCUUCUUGCAAAAUGAGGAUGUUGAGGACCAGACUGGAGAGAAGAAGAAGUCGGAGGAGCUGCAGAGCCUGUGGAGAACGAUCCACCAGCAGAUCCUCCUCCUUCGGAUGUAGAAGGAAAACCAGAAACUGGAAGCGAGCAGAGACGAGCUCCAAUCCAGGAAAAUUAAGCUGGACUAUGAGGAAGUUGGAACCUGUCAGAAGGAUGCCAUUAACAUCUGGGACAAGAAACUGUUGAAUUGCAGAGCCAAGAUCAGAUGUGAUGUGGAAGACAUUCAUACCACCCUGAAAGAUGGUGUCCCCAAAAGCCGCCGGGGAGAAAUUUGGCAGUUUCUGGCCGUGCAGCACCGCGUCAGACACCGGCUCCCAAAUAAGCAACAGCCUCCUGACAUCUCCUACAAAGAUCUCUUGAAGCAGCUGACAACGCAGCAGCAUGCCAUCCUGGUGGACCUGGGAAGGACUUUCCCCACCCAUCCCUACUUUUCGGCUCCUGGCGCAGGACAGCUCUCGCUCUUCAACCUGCUGAAAGCCUACUCCUUGCUGGACAAGGAGGUGGGCUAUUGUCAAGGCAUCAGUUUCGUGGCCGGCGUGCUGCUCCUCCACAUGAGUGAAGAGCAAGCCUUCGAAAUGCAAUUCCUCAUGUAUGAUCUCGGGUUCCGGAAACAGUACAGGCCCGACAUGAUGUCACUGCAGAUCCAGAUGUACCAGCUGUCAAGGCUGCUUCAUGAUUAUCACCGGGAUCUUGACCACCAUCUGGAAGAAAACGAUAUCAGCCCGAGCCUUUAUGCUGCACCCUGGUUUCUCACUUUAUUUGCCUCGCAAUUUCUGGGAUUCGUAGCCAGAAUCUUUGAUAAUUUCCUUCAAGGUACAGAAGUCAUAUUUAAGGUAGCACUAUGCCUGCUUAGCACCCAGGAGGAGAGCAUCAUGUCGUGUGAGACAUUUGAAGGCAUUGUUGAGUUUCUUAAGAACACUCUGCCAGACAUGUCACAGCCCCAGAUGGAGAAGAUAAUGGCCCAGGUAUUUGAGAUGGACAUUUCCAAACAGCUUCAUGCCUAUGAGGUGGAGUACCAUGUUCUGCAGGACGAAUUGCAAGAGAACCUGAGCCCUUGUGAGGAGAUUGAAGCUUCAGAGAAACUUGAAAGGGCCAACAGUCAGCUGAAGAGGCAGAAUAUGGACCUCUUAGAGAAACUUCAGAUAGCCCAUUCUAAGAUCCAAGGCGUGGAGGCCAACUUGGAAGAGGCCCUGAGGAGGGAGACCCAGAUGAUAUUUAUCCAGUCCCUGGAAGAGGAAAAGGUUCUAUACCAGAAGACCUUGGAGAAGAUCUGCAGGUACCUGCCCCAAGAGGCCCUGUCUGACUGUGAAGAGCUGCUGAAAGAAGUCAACUGUCAUCCAAACAAAUUCUAGAAGGAAGCCAUAAAUGAGGGAGAGACGCAAUGGGGAAAAAAAGAGAGAGAGAGAGAGGAAUAUGGUUUCUCAUAGAUGGAAACAAAGAACAGGCCGAGGCCACUGCUGGAAGGGAGAUCCACCUCAUCUCACAAGAUUCUACAAGUAGCAGCCGCAGUAGCGAAAAGGCCUUUUUUUCAACCUCAAUAUGCAAAUCCCAAGUUCAUGUCUUCUUCUUUUUUAUAUAACGCAUGUACAUAAUUUGCAGUGCGCAGAACAAAAGACGGGAUCGAAUGAAGAAGGUCAGGUGUACAUUUAGGGCUGAUCGAAA